AUGAAUCAAGUAGGUUUAUUGAAAAGUAUACCAUAUUUGUUAUUUUUUAUAGUUUACCCAGUGAAAGUCUCUAGCAUAGAUCUAUCACCAGCUUUUCAUGUAAAUAGUUCGACACCUACAGUUGAAGCCCAUUCAGCAACAAGUAUACAAUAUUCAUACAUUACACCCGAUGUUUAUAGUUAUAGUAUUAGUUUAACAAACGAUAUUUUUUCUACAUCCAAGAGUCAUGCUGAUUCAAGUUAUCAGUCUGAUUUAAUUAACACGGUUGCUAAAUCAUCUUCAGAAAAUGGUAUAUUAAUACGGACUACAACUACAACUUUGACAUCCACUUCUUUUGAAUAUUCUAGUGUCAUGGUGUAUACUACAACUAUCACAUAUGACAGUAUUACAAUUCCAUAUCCUGAAUCGUCAUCCGACCUUUUCUCUUCACAGAUCACACCAUCUACAUUAACGACGUCAACUUUAUCUGAGUUAUCCUCAGAUUCAGUUUCAACAAUAGAUGCAUUUGCGUAUUUAACAUCUUCUGAAUCAACUCCAAGUUUCAAUUCAUACCAGUAUUUAACUUACUCAACUGAGUCGAGCUUGAAUUUGGCGACAACCAUUAAUUCAAUUCAGACCAGUUCUUUAAUAAGUACUUCAACAUACCCAUUACACAGCUCCAUAAAAAGUACUAUAAAUACGCCAAAAUCUUCAAAUGUAGUAUUAACUUCAUCAAAUUUCGAAUCUGAUUCACUGUCACCUUCAGUUACGUCGACUGAGCUAGACACGGAUUCAUUACAGGUUACACCAACACCAUCAGAAACGACUGAAUCACUAUCUUCUGAUAGUGAUUAUUCUUCUAGUUCUUGGGAUGAUGACACUGACAGUUAUCUAAUGACACCAACUUCUAAAAUUACUACAAUUACAAGUGUCAUUAGUGGUCACACAGUUCUUUCAAAUCAUUAUACAACUAUUACAUAUUCCGCAACAGCCAGCAAUAAUGCAGCUGCAACUCAUGGCCAAGGUCUAAGUACAAAGAAUCGUAAUAUUAUUAUAGGUUGUGUAGUAGGUAUUGGAGUCCCAUUUCUAAUUUCAAUUGGUGUUAUCAUUUUUACAUGCUGUUUAAGAAAUAAAAGAAAUGAUUUUAUCGAUUCUGAUGGUAAAGUUGUGACGACUUAUAAUCCAAACAUUUUUGCUACUUGGUGGAGAAAAUUAGUUGGUAAGAACACUGAUAAUGACCUUUAUGAAUCACCGAUACCAUUUGAGAAUAGUCCACCCCCAUUCAACUCUAGAGAGGAUGAAAUGGUAUUGGAUAGUGCAUACGACAACCAUUUUUUAGACAGAGAUGGAGGUUUCAUUAGUGGUUAUGCGUUAGGCAGUGAAAGACAUUCCAGAAAUCCAACUGACUUGAGAUCUAGUACCUUAUACAGCUCAAGUCAGGAAGAAAUCACCACAGGGAAUAACACUCAUGAACUAAUGAUGGAGGAAGAGAAAUAUUACAACGACAAUGACAACGAAAAUAACAAAUAG